GUGCGGAGGGAGAGCCACGAGUCCAAGGUGUCCUCAGCAGGAGACUAUAAAGGGAGAGUCAAAUACAGAAAGUGACCAAACCCGCCUGUUAUACUGAGCCAGCUGCGCGGCGACUUUGCACAUCCUACUGCUAAGGAGCUUGAUGGGAGGGAUGGGCUAAAGCCAACUCCACGGUUAUCUAGGAAGAGGUUUUACCCGCGGCCACGUGAUUCCGUUUGCUAGAGCGUCUUGCCUGCUUUGGGAAUUUCCUCUGACACAAUCUAGAAGGGGCACACCCAGGGCCGUGUAUAAAAGGGGCUGGGUUACUAGCUCAGACAUCAGACAUCAGAGAAUAAGCGAGCUCUCAAUUCCUCACAAGCAGAGGCAGAAGGAAGAAGGAAACCUCCCCUCUCAUCAUGAACGGCAAAGUCCUUGUUGCUGGGUUGGCUCUUUUCCUGCUCUACACAGCAGUGGCAGAAGAGAUGAGCCUGAGCCAGAUGGCCAGUGAGCUCCGCUGCCAGUGCAUCAGCACGCACUCCAAGUUCAUCCCCCCCAGGAACAUUCAGGACGUGAAGCUGACACAGAGCGGCCCUCACUGCCAGAACGUCGAAAUCAUUGCUACUCUGAAGGAUGGUAGAGAAGUGUGUUUGGAACCCACCGCUCCAUGGGUGAAGCUGAUCAUUAAGGCAAUUUUGGACAAAGCUGAAGCCAAUAGUGAAACAAAGCUCUAAGAAAAGCCAAAGAAGAAAAACCACUGCUGUUCUUCAGUUUCCUGAUGAAGGAAACAUCUCUGUGAAAAUGCUGGCUAGUCUGCGAGCAGCCUGUCUCCUUCUGCUAGCACCAUCUAUUCAUUUAUUUAUUGAGGAGCAUCGUUAAGAGACUUUUUAAAAAAUGCUCUAUAGAAUAUGGUUCUUGUAAAGCUGAGAACUGGAUAAGGGAAAGUGAUUUGCUGAUGAAAGACUCACUGGAAAUGACUUAGGCAGGACACAGUUUCAGGCGUGCAAUGCACUUGCAGCACAGUUUCAUUUAUUCUCAGCCAGGCUCUUUUGUUAUUACAGCAGUACAGUGGCGACACUUACCCCUCCCCUGCACACGCAUGUUGUAUCAACAGCGCUGAGAGUCAUGGCUACUGUCUGGGGUUUUGUGGUUUCAGAAAUGAAGCUGCCAAAGUGCUGUUUUCGGGUGGACAUUAUUUAUUGUGCUGUAGCACAUCAUUUUUAUAACUCUCUCUCUAUUUAAAAAGUUAAUAUUUGAGUGUCAGAACUCAAACUUUAUUUAUUUGUUAUUUUGAUUCAUCUGGAUUUUUAUUCUAAUAUGCUAAUUCCUUAUGAAAAUGAAAUAUGUGAAGUUCCUGCUGUUGUGUGAGGGUUUUAUGUUAAUUUAUUUAAUUUUGUUCAAUGAAUGAAAAAAUGUUAAGGUUCGUGUUCCCAUUUUCAUGUGCAUUUUGGAAUUCCAUCAUUUUUACAUUAAAGU